CGUUCGGCGGUUCCCACCUACAAUCCGCCUAGCACGCCUUGUAGGUGAGGGAUAGCGAUACGCACAGAACAGCGAUACGCAAAUUUUUUACCCCACUUCCACACAUCACUCCACCAAAAUCACCAAAAUGCCACCCGAACUACAUGAAAUCGAAGAGCGCAUAGCUAAAGCCUCUCAUGCAAUGGAUAAUGAUCCUUACCUGAAAGGUACGAAGGCUGCAAAGCAAUUUGGGGCCCCAUAUGAACGUCUAAUGGCUCGUCGACGUGGGCGUCCACCCAGCCACUCGCGAGGGGGGCAGAACAAAAAGCUCUCCGCACCACAAGACGAUGCCCUAAAGGAGUAUAUUCUUAUGCUCCAAUAUUCCGGCCGUAGGGCUAAUAUAUACGAGAUUCGUGCAGCUGCAGGAAGGCUCCUUUUUUGGAGCUCUGGGGAUCCCAAUUCGUCAGUAUCGAUUUGAUGGACCAAAGUAUGGAUGGUCCGGCAAGCCGAAUUCCUCAAAUCGAUACGAGAGAAGCCUUUAUCCGCAAAGCGAUUAGCUGUAUAUAUUGUAGAGGACGUCAAGGGGCAUUUCCAGGAAUUUGACUGAUGCAAGAGAAGAUAUAAUAUAGAGGAUUGCGAUAUAUCUAACUUUGACGAGAGUGGGUUCCAAAUUGGAGUCGUUACCGGCGAUUAAGUCUACGUUUCCCAUAAUUACGAAGCUAUAUAUAAUAUAGAUCCAGAGAAUCGAGAGCUUGUGAUAGUAGUGGCUAUGAUUAAUUAUAGAGGAACUAAGGUACUAGUAAUAAUUAUUUUUAAGGGAGCAUAUUACUUGCGGGGAUACUUUAAAA